AUGAAAAAUAUAUCCAUUCUGCUGGCUCUUGUCUGUGUCUUGGCUUGUGUGGGCAGCCUGCGGGCGCAGUGCUGUCGGCAAUCGCUGACCAUGACGUAUACCUAUAACAGGCCAGGACGCUCCUGUGCAGAUGCUGGUGGUCGUCCAAUCAGUACGACGCACUGUACGAUUACCGUUUGUGCCAAUGGCCGGGCUCAGGUGGGCACCUACUGUGGCCGUCGAUCCUGCAACAUCUUUGGCUGCGCCUGCGGAGGUGGCUGCAUCACAGGCCUGUGGAUGCAAAGCUUCCUCGAUAACAAUAGACAUUUGGGUGUUAUAGUUACGGGUUCCAGAUUCAACUAA